UUACUACACCUCUGUCACUCUCUCCCCCCAGAUAUAAGUAUUACUCGCUCUACCAUCUAACACCUCACCAACACUAAUCUUUCUCUUUCUUUAAAAUUUACCCUCUCUCUAUCUAUCUAUCUUAUCUCCCACCAUCACCUCACAGAACAAACACGCAGUCUCCUUCAUCACUAAUAAUCUCAUCACUUAUGAGCUGUACAACACUCACUGUCUUCUCUGAUAAUAUAAUGCCAAGGAGAUACCGGUACAGUGGACAGCAUCAGUAUAAACUUAAUUAUUUCUGUCACUAGAAUCGGGAUCUAAUGUAAAAAAAAACCUGUAUGGCCACUGACUACUUCACAACUACAGUUUAUUGCCAAAAUUUAAAGAACUGACUUGUGGCUUAUAAAUGGACAUCAUGUGAUCUUGAAGUUGAAAGUCCUACCAGAAGAAUUCUAUGUGGAAAAGUGUCUUCAAAAUUAAUGACAACAAUCCUAUUGCUUGAGUCAAAGUGUCCGUCUUUACUUGAGCAGUGGCUUAACCUUAGAGAAAUAGAAAUACCAACCAAACAGCCCUGAAGUCACAUCCUGCCAUCUUAAAAUAGGAAGGACACAUUGGAGAAUGUAGUUAUUGAUAUACAAAAAUGAUGUGUUGGUCAUGGUUGGAAUAUUUGUGAUCAUAGAGUUUCUCAAUCAGAGCUGACUUGUUGUUAAGCAGCAACAACACCAACAGCCCUUACUACAGAAGGGGGUCGGGUCAGAGUUCCUAUGGCGUCUCUGGGUCGACCCCUCAGGUUCACACGUCGCAUGCGAUGCUACAUUUUCGGCUUUUGCAUCAAUGUUUUCCUUGUAUGCAACAUCUUGGUUCACCAGACAUGGACCAAGUGGAACAGUGCUCUUGUCGAGAAGCCCGAUAGUUGGUCGCGAACUGCUGGCAAGGGUUCUGCACAGAAAACACAGGGAGAUAAUGAAUACCGUGUGUUGGUCAGCCGUUUCCGAAAGCUGAUGGAGAAUGCUGUAGAAUCGAGCAAUUUUUCAUCUAGCGAGAAUGAUGAAUCGCUUGAGUUGAUCAGCAAUGCUCAGAAUGGAACACUUCGUUUCAAGAACCGGAGUAGCGAACAACUUUUUAACUGUCAGGAUAUUGAGAAUAUAACUGACAAACACUACAUCGGUUCGGGCUGGACAAAGGCUGUGUAUAGCGGAAUUAUAUCGUCCAAGAAAGUUGCAAUGAAGACUGUUGACAUUGGAGGGCAAGAUGUGACCAAUUGUGUUAAAUGGGGUCAGACUCUUGCAGAAUGUUAUUACAGAGCUGCACAGAAGAUUGUCAAAGAAAUUGUUCUCCUGCAGGAAUUGGAACACCGGAAUCUCGUUAAGGUAUUGGGUUACUGCAUCCCUGAAGAACAGUACAACGGCGAUGAUGUUACUUUGGUGUCUUUAAUUACAGAGCUGGGUGACACUAUAGAUCUGAUCAAACUGCUGCCUAUGAGCUGGGAAGAAAGACUACGAAUUUCAUACGACCUCACUUCACUGAUUCAUUUCUUCGCUCACUCCCCCCACGGUCCCGUAGUCAUGAACGACUUCCGACACCAACAGUUUGUCCUUGUCAACGGAAUGUUAAAGCUUACCGAUGUCGAUGACACUGGAAUCGGUGAUCCACACUGUUCCACACAGGCUGACUGCAAUCUCCAUUUCUCACCUUCAGAAUUCCAUGCCAAAAUCCCUUGUCAGAACGGUCAUUGUGUCGGACUGAACGAAAAGAAAAAUAUCUUCAAUGCCGGGCGCCAUUUUAUAAUUUUUCGACUUCCAUAUGGUGCUCCACCAUCCCUCCAUCCUAUUCUUUAUGAUGUGGUUUCUGGCUUUACCAACUUGACUAUGAGUGCCGACAGACUUCUAGAACAGAUGCAAAAGGCUGUACACCUGUACAAAACUGGCCAUUACCUGAACAGGACUCAACCUGUGAAGACAGACUACAAAGAAUAUCUUGAAAGCGAUUUGCCUGGUAAAUAUGACUACAGAUGUCGAGCUUCCAUAUCCGGAACGAGCUGCACUUUUACGGUGUUCGAUCAGAAAGAGGCUGAAGAUAUCUGUGAAAGUGAUCCAGAGUGUUUCGGAUUUGUUAUGACACAAGAGACUACAUGGACAGGUCGGAAAAUCGUCCAUUUAAAGAAUAACAUGAGCAUCCCGGUGCGAAAUGCUGGUACAAAUUUAUACAUGCGUCCCUCCUGAGACAUUAUCAGUCCUUUCAUUUCAUUACACUUCAAUGAUGUCGAAAAUGUCCUCUGUGAAUGGAGGACGAAUGAACAUUUGAAAAAUCUCAAUUCCCUCCGCUUUCCAUUUUUGUAAAUAAUAUAUCAGAAAAAAAAAAAAAAUCUUAAAAGGAAGGCUUUCCACAUCUAAUUGCUUUGUCUGUGAUUUACUUAAAACAUGUGG